AUCAGACCAGCGGGAUCGAGGCACCAAGUUAAUCCGCCGGUAGGGCGCGUGAGUUGAAUUCUGUUCUUGAGGGGUCCCUAUGGAUAUCGAUGUCGGACCGGUUGAUCCGUCCGUUCUAUACGAGCAAGAUCUCCACGUUUCUUCUGCUGUCUGGGAAGGACAGGAACGGGGCUUACUCCGGUGUCAAGAACACACUUCAUUGCUUCACCAGUGGAAGCUCACUGAUGAACAAGUUAAGCUAGUGGACAAAGCCGGGUUCGGUUACUUCAGGAGAAUUGGUCCGAUGAGUCUGAACAAUUCGCUGAUCUCUGCGCUUGUCGAGCGGUGGAGGAGAGAAACUAACACCUUUCACCUUUCGUUGGGCGAGAUGACGAUAACCAUGGACGAGGUUGCCUUGGUGCUCGGUCUGGAGAUUGAUGGUGAGCCUGUCGUUGGUGCUAAGGUAGGAGAUGAAGCCGCCCUGGAUAUUUGUGGAAGGCUGUUGGGAAAAGUACCAUCUGCUGCUAAUAAGGAAGUGAAUUGUUCGCGGGUGAAGCUUAAUUGGCUGAAAAAGACGUUUUCCGAGUGCCCGGAAGAUGCAUCGGCUGAACAAGUGAAAUGCCAUACACGAGCUUAUCUGUUGUACCUUAUCGGCAGUACGAUUUUUGCUACAACUGAUGGUGAUAAGGUUUCUGUGAAGUACUUGCCUUUGUUUGAAGACUUUGAUAAAGCCGGGAGAUAUGCAUGGGGAGCAGCAGCUUUGGCUUGCUUGUACCGAGCUCUCGGCAAUGCAUCCCUCAAGUCUCAAAGCAACAUUUGUGGCUGUCUGACACUGCUACAGUGUUGGAGUUAUUUUCAUUUGGAUGUUGGCCGGCCAGAAGCAUAUGAAGUUUGCUUUCCUCUCGCUCUCUUGUGGAAAGGUAAAGGCAGCAGAUCAAAAACUGACCUGACAGAGUACCGUAGAGAACUGGACGAUCUUGAUCCAAGCAAGAUCACAUGGUGCCCAUAUGAAAAACUUGAGAAUAUCAUCCCUCAACAUAUAAAGGCAAAGUUGGUUCUGGGAAGAUCAAGAACAACACUUGUAUGCUUUGAGAAAAUAGAGUUGCAUUUCCCAGACAGGUGUCUGAGGCAAUUUGGGAAAUGCCAACCAAUACCCCAGAAAGUGAAACGCCGAGAUAGAAAGAAUCGUAGGCUUGACGAUUUAGAUACUUCGAUGAGUCUAGCAUGCGAGGAAUGGGCUGAACGUCGGGACAACAUCAUGGACAGUCCUGCAGGUGGCUGUGUGGAUGAAGGAGCUUACAUGGAAUGGUAUGCCCGCAUCAGUAUCACCAAACUAUACCGGGAAGCAUUUCUCGAGACCCAAGUUAUGAAUAUGAUAGCUUGUAUGAGAGAAUCUGAGGAAGCAGCGGCGGGGAUUUCACUGGAGAAAUUGGCACCGGUGGAGAGAGAGGUGGUAGAGAGCGUGAAAGAUACACUCGCGAAUUACUUGACGUUCGGUGGAUGGCAGGAGGCUGCGAUUAACAGCGGAAACGGCUACGGGAAACGAAGGCGUCGAAAUGAGCAAACUCCGGCUAAUGGUAAUGAUAUUUCACCUGUUUUUCUCGACAAAGAGACAUGAAACUCUUUCCAAGUUCCUUGUCAUCUUAUAUUUUGUAGGGUUUAUAUAUAUAAUAUAUCAACAUUAGGAAAAGAACCCUAAUUUUCCAAGGAAGCAAAACUUGGAUGUUGACAAACUAUAUGUAUGUCUGCAUAUAUAUAUAUACACACA